CAGUAAUCUGACUCCCAGUGCACUCCGGGCUGUGCUCCUGGCUCUUAGAGCUCUGUCUUCACUGCACACCAUCCAGGGAAGGAAUGAGUGACAGACCAGCAGCAAGAAGCUGGGGUAAGUGUGGACGUCUGUGUAAGUGUGAGACCAUCAUGGUGGCAUUUAAAGGCGUCUGGACUCAGCCUUUCUGGAAAGCUGUUUCAGCAGAAUUUUUGGCCAUGCUAAUUUUUGUCCUCCUCAGCCUUGGCUCUACAAUCAACUGGGGUGGAUCUGAAAAGCCUCUGCCUGUAGACAUGGUCCUUAUCGCUCUCUGCUUUGGACUGAGCAUUGCAACCAUGGUGCAGUGCUUUGGACACAUCAGUGGUGGCCAUAUUAACCCUGCUGUGACUGUUGCUAUGGUCUGCACUAGGAAGAUCAGCCUUGCCAAGUCUGUCUUCUAUAUUGUUGCCCAAUGCCUGGGUGCCAUAGUCGGGGCAGGAAUUCUCUACCUUGUCACACCCCCAAGUUUGGUGGGAGGCUUGGGAGUUACUACGGUACAUGGAGAUCUUUCCGCUGGCCAUGGACUCCUGGUGGAGUUGAUAAUUACAUUCCAGCUGGUUUUUACUAUUUUUGCCAGCUGUGAUUCAAAACGAAGCGAUGUCACUGGUUCAGUGGCUUUAGCAAUUGGAUUUUCUGUUGCAAUUGGACAUUUAUUUGCUAUCAAUUACACUGGUGCCAGUAUGAACCCUGCUCGAUCAUUUGGACCUGCAGUUAUCAUGGGGAAAUGGGAAAACCACUGGGUCUAUUGGGUGGGACCAAUAAUAGGAGCUGUCCUUGCAGGUGCCCUUUAUGAGUAUGUAUAUUGCCCAGAUACUGAGUUGAAGCGACAUUUUAAAGAUGUCUUCGGUAAGGCUACCCAUCAGUCUAAAGGGAAGUACGUGGAGGUGGAUGAUAGCAGGAGCCAGACAGAGACUGACGACUUGAUCCUGAAGCCUGGAACGGUUCAUGUGAUUGACAUUGAGAGUGAAGACAAGAAGGGGAGUGAUCCAACCAAUGAGGUGCUCUCUUCUGUAUGACUAGCAAGGAGCACUGAAAGCAGAGAACGGCCGACUAGAAUGUCCACAGAUAUCCUUCCACCCAUUAAAGAGACAGAUCUACUGUAAACCAGACACCUGCAAUAUCUGAAAAUGUAUGGAGAUGACAGCAGCUAUGUAGUUGCUUCACCAAGCUAUACACCUGCUCAGUUUGAUUAGAAAUGUACUAUAUUUAAGAGUCCCCAUAGAUUCUUCCAAAUUCAGAAAUGUCCUUUUUUGGGAGAGAGUAUCCCCAAAGUCAAUUGGAAAGAGCUGAUAGCAUUCCCAUUUUAAUAAGGCCAUCAAAAGCAAGAUGGAAAUAGAGAUGUUUAACAUUCAGAUUGACAGUUAAGACUUAUCUGCAAAUGCCUAUAGCAUGCAGACGUAUUUAUCAGAUUAUUCUUCUGACAUUUAAUUGGCUGUUGUCAACCCUGAUUAGAAUGUCUUAUCCAUUAAGUGUUCUUUGCAACGUUCAGUGACAAUAAUGCCAAAGUACAGCAUGUAACAGUCAUCCAAAUUUAAGGUAGUAUUUUUUGUUCUUAUAUAUCCUGUCAUUAUUUCUUUACAAAUUCUGAAAAAACUGUAUUUUCAUAGGCAAAAAUUGGUUCCUGUCAGUCAUCCUACCAAUUUUCAUCCAUUACAUAUCCCUGUUCUGUUGUAAAAAAUACUGCCUUCCUGCCAUUCCCCACAACUAAAAAUAUUGAAGCCAAAGGCUCUGAUCUACUGCAAUAAUGCUGUAAAACCUUUGCAUGAUUAUGUAUUGUAUGCAGGUUAGCAAAGUUGUCCAUCUGGUGAAACGUUGUCUUGAGGUUCAGCUAUUGACCAUUUAGUAUUAGCUGACUAUAGGUCAUGCAGGGAACCAGAAGGCCCACAUGUUACUCAGUAACUCAAGUAAAAAGAAAUAAAUGUUCAGGUAUCAGAAGAAAGGAUGGCGUUAUCUGUUUUCAGUGCAUUUAUUCAAACAAAUAUCACCAUGCUAAUUUAUAUAACUAAACAUUUAAAUUACCCACUUUGCUGACAAUUUUAUUUUUAUUUAUUAGCAAAAUAAAGGUGGAUUUUUAAUUUUUUUUAACUAUAUUGAAGCACUGACUCGAAAAUAUUUGUAAUAACAGCUUAUAUUGAUAUGAUUGCCAUUGGUUUUGACUUUUUUUGCAAACGGAUCUCUAGUUAGUUGAACAGCAUCAAUGAUUGUGGCACUGUUCAUAUAAUCUUAUUCUUUCAUUUCUGUGGCAAAGUUUCCUCUGUUAAUUAAAUUUGACAAUAAGAAAUGCAAGCAUGUGAUGCUUUUUAGAGAAACAGGGAAAGGGAUGCCCCAAUGAUAUUACAUACAAAAGUGCUUACGUCACCAAUCCUUCCUUUAUAGAAGUGUUUCAACAGAGGUAGCUAAUCCAACAUAAAACCUUUAUAGAAUCUUUUUAACAAGCUCAUGGCUUUGUUCCUAACUAGUUGCAUUGGAUUUUUUGUUGUUGUCGUUGUUUUUUAGGGUUUUUUUUAUGAUUUUGGCAAUAUUGUAUUACAGUGCUUAUUGGAACACCAUUUUCUGUCACCCUAGUUGUAUAGGUUGUAUCUACAACUUGAAAUCUGUUCAUGAUUAUUUAACUACAGUAAAAAAAAAAAAAGUUGUGGAUUGUAUGUAAUAGACUUCUCUGUCCUUUGAUUUACAAUGUGUGCAAGCGUGUAACUCAUUAAAAUGAGUAAGGGGGAUAUAUGUAUGUAUAUGGAGUAAUGGGAUAACAGACCACUACUAAGUUCAAAUCUGUGCAUCAUUGCAUAAGGGCAUCUCUGGCACCAAUUUAUUUCAACUAGUAGUCCAGGCAUUAUCAUGUUAUAUUCAUAUUCCUGAUCUCAUCCUCUCUUUGAUAGCUUCUGUCUCUGUAGCAAAGGGGGAUGUUUUUCGUGAAUUGUAUAUAUCUGAUACAGGUGCCUCAUCAAAAGUCAAGAAUUCAAACAUAAGAACAUGCAAGACAAUUUCAAAUUACAUUGAUGAAUGUUGUCAUGUGCUAAGGGUGAAAUCCAUCUCUGUGCAGAGAACAGUGCAAGGUCGCUACAUAUGCUGACCAGAGAGAUUUUGCUAAA